UAAUAAGCACUGAGAAUAAAAUUUUAUCUUUAAACCUAUCACCAUUUACUUUGAAAUUUGUUUCAUAAUCACAAAACUUUGGCCACUCUAUCUGUUUCAUUGGUACAAAAUCGAAGGGAUUUUAUACAACUGCAUCCGUUGACAACUAAGGUUGUUAGAAUCCAAUGAAAACUUUACUGCAGGUUGUCAGAAGAAUUCUACCACUCCAAUUGCAAAACCCAUCAUUUCCAGCUUCAAAUAACUGGCGUCGUUUUUGUUCUUACCAGUUGUCAAAUUCUUUGCCUCCACCUAACAGUAAACUCUUCGUUGGAGGGUUGUCAUGGUCAGUGGAUGAGAAAUCACUCAGGGAUGCUUUUUCUUCAUUUGGAGAGGUAACUGAAGUGAGGAUAAUGUACGAUAAAGAAAGUGGUAGAUCAAGAGGUUUUGGUUUUGUAAAUUUCUUGAAAGAAGAUGAGGCCACAUGUGCAAAAGAUGCCAUGGAUGGAAAGGCAUUUCUAGGCCGGCCACUGAGGAUAACCUUUGCCCUUGAUAAGGUCCGUGGUGCACCUGUUGUAGUUCCUCGCCUUCCCAAGAAUGGAAAUGCAAUCUGGCGCAACCGUUGAGUUCAUAUUGUAACAGCCAAAUCUAAAUAUUUUCGCAUGUUAUUGAUUGGGUGAGACAUGCUAAAGGAUGUGCUUUAAGACGAACUCACAAUCAUGCUUGGUAAUGCUUUCUUGACUGACUCCGGAUUAGUUAAAACGGAUGUAGUUGGACAGAUCAGUCUCACUGGUCAGCUAAAUCUGAACUACUGUUUUUGAUACCUAGAUGAAAAAAUUGGGAAAAAAGGUAGAGAAUUGAGAACUAGCGUGGUUGAUCUCUGCACCAUUACCUAAUAGUUAAUAAUUGGGAACAUGGUGGUCUAUACUCUUGCAUCAAGUGAAAUGAAUAUCUGAAUUAACAAUACAAUAGUAUUUACAUUA